UAGCUCGCUGCCAUCAAGUAAGAAGCCAUUGUAUUACCAGGGACCGUACUCGGGUUUUAUAAAAUCCAGUAGUAUAAUUACGUUUUAAAUAGUUUUUAAUCCGUGGGAGUGUUAACACCCCCGCAGCAUAACUAUAGAUUUGAACAGUAGAAUAAAGUCUAUUGUCGAGGAAGUAAAGGAAAAAAAGAAAUUCACAAAAGGUCCAAAGACGACUGUAUUUUCCAUCCGGGACGUUAAGCUUGGCGGAGGAAUUCAUCCGACUUCGCAGACAGCGGAAGAGGGAAAGCGCCGUCUAGUUCCGCACCAAUUGAUUAUUUCCUCCUGAUAUCUUCGUCUUACAGUCCGCGCUUGGCUUUUUUCUCUUAGUUCUGUGCACGUAUUUAGAUGGCAAGCUUUCCAGACUCUGUAAACGAAAAUGAUAUAGGUAAGGCUAAGUUCAUCGGUGAACUCCUGGUGCCUGUUGUUCCCUUUGACCAGAAGUCUGGGCGUGAGGCUUGGACAGUAGCCUUUGCACCCAAUGGUUCCUACUUCGCUUGGUCUCAGGGGCGUCGCAUUGUCAAGCUCAUUCCCUGGACAAAAUGCCUGAAGAGCUUUUCAGUGGGUCAUUGUGGAGAGGUCACCAAUGCCUCGAGCCCCCGGCGUUUGUCCCGUCAGAACAGCGACGGAGGCCAGGUAAUCCCUGUGUCCGACGAGCCCUGCGAACAGACCAUCGACUGCGGUGACACUGUCUGGGGCUUGGCCUUCGGUUCCUCAGUGCCAGAGAAGCAGAGUCGCUGCAUUAACAUCGAGUGGCACCACUUCAGGUUCGGCCAGGACCAGCUGCUACUGGCAACAGGCCUCAACAACGGUCGCAUCAAGAUCUGGGAUGUUUACACUGGAAAACUGUUGCUGAAUCUGAUGGACCAUACUGAUGUAGUGCGAGACUUGACUUUUGCUCCUGAUGGCAGCCUCAUGCUGGUCUCUGCAUCCAGAGAUAAGACCCUCCGUGUAUGGGACCUCAAAGAUGAUGGUAACAUGGUGAAGGUCUUGCGGGGGCAUCAGAACUGGGUGUACUGCAGCGCCUUCUCCCCCGACUCCUCUAUCUUGUGCUCAGUUGGCGCCGGCAAAGCAGUGUUUCUAUGGAACAUGGAUAAGUACACGUUGAUACGGAAGCUGGAGGGGCACCACAAUGACGUGGUGUCUUGUGACUUUUCACCAGAUGGGGCACUGUUGGCAACUGCCUCUUAUGACACCAGGGUCAUUGUAUGGGACCACCAAAAGGGCACCAUCCUGCUGGAACUGGGCCACCUCUUUCCUCCUCCAUCACCCAUUUUUGCUGGAGGGGCAAAUGACCGCUGGGUUCGCGCUGUGAGCUUCUGCCCUGACGGCCGCCACAUUUCCAGCAUUACUGAUGACAGACUGGUUCGUUUCUGGAGCAUUGAGGAAAGGGCCCCUCAGGCCAUCGCCCCUCUCUCUAAUGGCCUUUGCUGUGCCUUCUCUACCGAAGGAAGUGUCCUUUCUGCUGGGACUCGUGAUGGUAGUGUGCACUUCUGGGAGUGUCCUCGUAGCAUUGCCAGUCUGCAGCACAUGUGCAGGAUGGCUCUUCGCCGGGUGAUGACCACCCAGCAGGUAGAGGCCCUGGCCAUUCCGACACCACUCCGUGACUACCUGACAUACAAAGUCAUCUAAUCCCCCUACCACCCCAGCACCAGCUGACCCAUCUGCACAUGCCACAGCAGCAUUAUGCUGAAAAACCAAUGAAACCCUUAUUUUCUGAAAAAUAUUUUGGAAAACAGUUUUUCGUAGAACUUUGUUGAACAAAUGGAUGUGAUCAGGACAGGAGGAAAAGAAUAAAAUUUUACUGAAUCCACAGAGACAUGUCCUCAUCUCAAAUGCCCACCAAAUCCACUUACUGCAGGAUAUUGUGUUGUGUCUUACAUAUUUAUUUUUGUAAGUGAUUUAUUAAAUGAGGGGCCAUUGCACCAUCCCAUACCUGUAAGGUUAGGUUAUUUCUGGGGCCUCCUGUCCCCUGCAUCAUAUCAGUGUGGUAUGUGUAAAUGUUCAGAUCCUCUUCCAGUUGGCUCCAUCUCUCUACCAGGCUCAGUAAAUGCUUGAUCUUUUCCUCUGACCUGAAAUGGCUGUUGCACUUAAUGUGAGAAGCUUUGCAGGGGUGCUUGCUCUUAAUGUCAGGUUUUCUGUUUGUAAGUGGGUGAGCUAAAGGGAAGAGAAACGUGGUGUGUUUAAAGGAUGCAGGCUUUUGAAAGGCCAAUUCUCAGAUAUGUGGACUGCUGAUACUGUGGAAUUGGAGUAUUUACAUUAUUGUCAUGGCAUGAAAGAAGUACAAAAUCAAGCACUUAUAGGUCUUUCUUAGAUUUUGAAUAUUUAUCUGAAACAGUAUUUACACCGCCAUUACCAUUACCACUGAAACCAAGACUUCUUAAAUGUGAGUGAGCAGUUUUUAUUUCCAGUACGAAGAUAACAUGCUAGAUGUAUCAGCCGUUAUAUGAUCCAGUACAGUAUGUAACCUAGGCUCAUUUAAUUUUUGGGAGAAUUCUUGAUUACUAAUUUCAAUUAUAGACAGCACCAGAAGCUGGCUUUCAAGCUAUCAUGUUAACCAGCUCGACAACAAAAGACAUUUCACUAUUACAGCCGAUAAAUUGGCCAGACCAAUCUAUUAGUUGAUAUCCACUCAUCGCAGAUAUAUUGGUAUCAGUGUAUAUCCCAGCUGGUAAAUGACAAGAAAUUGAAGUACACAAAUGCCAAUGAUGUAUUUUGAAAGCGUCACCACUCUACACCAGUGAGUAGUGAAGUUUACUUUUCAAAAUGUCCUGCAAAAUGCCCUUCAUAGUGACAAUUGUUUAAAAAAAAAAAAAAAAAAAAAAAAUUAAGGGAUUUGUCGGGAUUUAUUGGAUUUUUUUAAACUCUAAAACAUCAAUAUGAGUAUGACCUCAAAAAUUCUGACAAAGGAUAUCUUCAUUCAGUUGGACUACUGUAUGACUGUGAUGGUAAUCGACCAGGAAACAUAGUAAUGUGCCAACAAAGGCAGGGAAGAAGAUUGAUAGUGAAUGUAAAUAGUGCAGGCCCCAAAAUCUCUAAAAUUGCCCUUGCAAAGGGUUUUUGAUGGAUGAAUGGAUUCACCAUGUUUGUCAGGUUUCAAGGAUGCACACAAUGUGUUAUGGUGAGAAAAUAUGAAUAACUUUGUUUACAAGAAAACUCCCCAGGGUACCUUAAAAGUCCUUCUUAAAUGGCUCCAAAUAUUUGCUACCAAACUACACUAACCGGCUGACAUCAGAGUUUCAGUAUGUGGCAAAUAUCAGCCACAUGUUUGGCCAACCAACAAUCGGUCAACCCUGACAUGAUGCAGGUGUAGCCCACCCACAGUCCAUCCAAAAAAUUUCUCAGACUGGCGACAUAAAUGGCAACAGUGUGCUUGAAUUUACUUCAGUGUGUGUGUGUGUGUGUGGGUGUGGGUGUGUGCACAUCCACGGUGUGCCCUGCCCUGUCCUGCCCUUCCCUGCCCUGCCCUGCGGGGCAGUAUAAAGCCUUGAGAUCAGUGGUGUCUGAUUUCACAGUAAAGCAAAGCACCUCUGCUGCUUAACUGCUAUAUAUAGUUGAACUUGUAAAAAAAAACAAAAA